AUGAGCCUUGAGACAUCGCCAGGAACUCGCCAGGGUGGUGUGAAGCGGCGCAAACGCAGCAACUACUUCACACGCGGUGACCUCGUCUGGGCACGGCCAGCCUCGCUGCCCUACUGGCCAGCCGAGGUGAUCGACACCUGUGAGGACCUCAACCGCGUCUGCGCGCGACUUUUGAACCCGCCGAAGGUGGAGCUGCUCGCGAAGAACCUCGCGGAGGAGCACCGGAUUCGGCAGCGCGCUGCAGCGAAGCGUCAGAGAAACGCCGGGCUCUCCAACAGCAACGCCCAUACAACUACUGAGCUGCCGUUGGCAGAGGCUAACGUAGUUACGGCGAGCGGCACGCGAGUUUUCUUCUUCAGCAAACUCCCAACAAGAGAAAAGUUUAACGCGUGUGUGGAGUUUCGACUUAAACGAGAUGCAAACGACAUUUCCGCCUAUGAAGCGGAUUUUGUCAAGGCCGUUGAAGAGGCCAACCGUCUCAUGCGCAUCGUUCUCGAUCCUGAAGAACUGCAGCCGUAUGCAGUGUGCGGGGUGGGGAUCGUGCACAGCCUUAUGCGCACGCACAUAGCCGCACCACGCCAACCCAAUACCGGUACCUUCGAGCCUCAGACGGCUGUCAUCCGGCUCCGUGUAGGCUUUGAGAACGCCGCGCGUGAUUUGAUGGGGUUUGAGUAUAUUUGGGUUCUCUUUCAGUUCUCCUACGCGUCGGCUAUGUCGAGCGGUGAGGGCCAGAGUUUCGUUAUGAGUCUUCAGGAACGGGGGCGAGACUGCAACGUUGAAAGUAGCAAGCCCACGGACGACUCAAAAGACGACGAACAAACAAAUCAAACGAAAUCAUUUGACCUUGUGGAGCCGCAAUCGUGCGGGUGGCUCCGGCGACAGGGCAUUACGCACUCAAAGGGAUUUAAGACAAUGGUCAUUCCGCCACGUGAUGACGAAUAUCGCGGGGUGUUUUCUACUCGGAGCCCUCACCGACCAAACUUCAUUGGUAUUUCCUGCGUGCGCUUGGUCGAUGUCCAUGGGCUCAAUAUUCAUAUCGCCGACCACGACCUGCUGCACGGCACGCCGGUCUUGGAUAUUAAACCUUAUCUGCCUUUCUGCGAUGCCCAUCCGAACGCGAGAGCGGGAUGGGUGGAAGAAGUUAAUGCAAAUGGCAGGGCAAAGACAGAUCAUAAAUACGACACACAGGCUGCGCGGGUUGAUCGUAUCUUGGAUACGCCAUCUGCGUAA